GAGUGGGCUUCUUACAAACUUGGAAUAUUCAUUUGUUUGAACUGCUCUGGAAUCCACCGCAAUCUUCCUCAAAUCAGCAGGGUCAAAUCCCUUCGGCUUGACUUCUGGGAGAACGAUCUUAUAGAGUUUAUGAAGAAGCAUGGGAAUCUGUGUGCCAAAGCUAAAUAUGAGGCAAAAGUCCCUCCCUACUAUUACGUCCCUCAGUCCUGUGAUUGCUUGGUUUUAAGAGAGCAAUGGAUUAGAGCUAAAUAUGAGCGUGAGGAAUUUGUUGCCACCCGAGUCUGCCAAGAUCCUUGUUCUGCAGGUAGCCAUGAAGGAUUCCUCUGGAAGCGUGGACGGGAAAGCAGACAGUUCCAGAAGAGGCGAUUUUUCCUAUCAGCAAGGGAAGGGGUGUUGAAGUACUAUACCAAAGAAUCCAGAGGUCCAAAAGCCAUUAUCAACAUUGAGAAUCUGAAUGCAAUGUUCCAGACGGAGAAAAUCCAACAUGCUCAUGGGCUGCAGAUCACGUACAACACAGAUGGUCAAACAAGGAAUCUUUUUGUCUAUCAUGAAAGUGGAAAGGAGAUUGUUGACUGGUUCAAUGCCAUUCGGGCAGCGCGUUACCAUUACCUCAGAACAACCUUCCCAGCUGUCCCUGAGCCUGAGCUCAUACCUAGGAUCACAAGAAAUUAUGUCAAAGAAGGAUACAUGGAGAAAACAGGACCAAAACAGAAGGAGGCCUUUAAGGUGCGCUGGUUCUGCCUGGAUUCUCAAGAAAGGAACCUGAUGUACUUUAAAAAUCCCCUGGAUGCAUUUGCACAGGGCCAGGUUUUUAUUGGAAGGAUGGAUGAGGGAUAUGAAGUACGAGCUGGCUUGCCCCAGGGAGUCCGGGUGAAGAAGAGGAAACCAGCAAUCACUGUGGUCACGCCAGUGAGAGAGUUUGUGUUUAUGUGUGAGAACGACAGGGAGCAGAGGGAGUGGAUAGAUGCCUUAAAUGGAGUCAUUGCCCAGCCUUUCAGUGGUUAAGACUAGCACGAAGUUCUGGUGAACUGCACUCCUUGGGCUCUGUUCAGCACUGCUCUGUGGCCUGUUUCUGUUGGCAAGGAUGGUACUCAAGGCUCUGCAGCAACUCUAGUACAAAGGGCUUCUUCCUUCAACAG